CAUUUCGGUCGCCCCGUUGAAUCCUGCGACACAAGUUUCCGGCGUAGUGCGUGUUCAUUGCGCCGAAGCCUUGGGUUUUUGCGCUGACUUUAUUGAACGCCACCGCUUAUAUCGUUUAGCCAAGAAUCUUUUAAAACAUAUUUAGUGGACAAAGAGAGAAAACUAAGCCGCAGAGAUGCCGCGCAUUAUGAUAAAGGGAGGCGUCUGGCGCAACACGGAGGAUGAGAUCCUCAAGGCAGCUGUGAUGAAAUAUGGGAAAAACCAGUGGUCUCGUAUCGCCUCCCUGUUGCACCGCAAGUCUGCCAAACAGUGUAAAGCCAGAUGGUACGAGUGGUUGGACCCCAGCAUCAAGAAAACAGAAUGGUCCAGAGAAGAGGAGGAGAAGCUGCUUCAUUUGGCCAAACUGAUGCCAACUCAGUGGAGGACCAUUGCUCCUAUCAUAGGGCGCACAGCUGCCCAGUGUCUGGAGCACUAUGAAUACCUGCUAGACAAGGCAGCACAAAGAGACAAUGAAGAAGAAGUGGGAGAUGAUCCCAGAAAGUUAAAACCGGGAGAGAUCGACCCAAACCCUGAAACUAAGCCUGCCAGACCUGACCCUGUAGACAUGGAUGAAGAUGAGUUGGAGAUGCUGUCUGAGGCCAGGGCUCGACUGGCCAACACCCAGGGCAAGAAAGCUAAGAGGAAGGCCAGAGAGAAACAGCUUGAAGAGGCCAGGCGUUUGGCUGCUCUACAGAAGCGCAGGGAACUGAGGGCAGCAGGAAUAGCUGUUCAGAAGAAGAGGAAGAAGAAGAGAGGAGUGGACUACAAUGCUGAAAUUCCAUUUGAAAAAAAACCUGCACCGGGUUUUUAUGACACCAGCAUGGAGAAUUAUGAUGCCCUGGAGCCAAACUUCAAACGACUCAGACAACAGCACCUGGAUGGAGAACUACGCAAUGAGCGGGAGGAAAGAGAUAGAAAGAAAGAUAAACAGAAGAUGAAGAAGAAGAAGGAGAGUGAUCUGCCAUCUGCCAUCCUUCAAACCAGUGGUGUGGCUGAGUUCACAAAAAAACGCUCCAAGCUGGUUCUACCUGCUCCACAGAUCAGUGAUGCAGAGUUGGAGGAAGUCGUCAAAUUGGGUGUUGCAAGUGAGGUCGCUCGUCAAGCUGCUGAAGAGAGCGAAAGCGGUAACUCGGCCUCCUCCACACUGUUAUCAGAGUACAACGUCGCCAACAACAUGUCAGCGGGUCUACGUACACCUCGCACCCCUGCUGCCCAGGACAGAAUACUGCAGGAAGCCCAGAACCUGAUGGCACUAACCAACAUCGACACGCCUCUGAAAGGAGGCCUCAACACUCCUCUGCACGAGAGUGAUUUCAGUGGUGUGACACCUCAGCGGCAGCAGAUACAAACCCCCAACACUGUCCUCAGCACACCGUUCAGAACUCCUGGACCCGGUCAGGGGGCGGAGGGCAUGACCCCUCAAUCCGGAGUAGGGAUGACUCCACGAGGGGUUGCAACCCCUGGUUUGACACCUGGCCGUACACCUCUAAGAGACAAGCUGAAUAUUAACAGUGAAGAGCAACUGGCUGACCCAGCAUAUGCUAAACACUUGCAAAGAGAGAGCCUGCAGCAGCUCAGACAGGGCCUGAUGUCGCUUCCUGUUCCCAAAAAUGAUUUUGAGAUCGUUCUGCCCGAAAAUGCAGAGAAAGAAUUAGAAGAAACUGAGACAGAGGUCGGCUUUGUGGAGGACUCAGCUGACAUAGAGUCACGCAAACAGGCUCAGCGGGAUGCUGAAAGAGAGAAGGAGCUGAAGCUGCGACACACUGCUGUUCAGAGGACUCUUCCCAGACCUACAGAGGUAAAUGAGUCCGUGCUCCGUCCCUCCUCCGUGGAUCCGCUGUCUGAUCUCCAGCUGGCCGAGGAGAUGAUCAAACAGGAGAUGAUCACCAUGCUGCACUUCGACUGCUUACACCACCCUUCGGCCAAUGCAGUCGGUCAACUGCAGCGCGGCAAAACCAAAGGCCCUGCCUCAACAUCCAACAACGCGUCGCACAUAGCUCACCUCGAAACACACGUCUACAAACCUGUCAGCACCGAAGAGAUGGAGCAGGCGAAGACGAUACUGGCAGCAGAAAUGGAGGUGGUGAAGGCGGGAAUGGGCCACGGCGACCUCAGCAUGGAGGCUUACAGCCAGGUGUGGGAGGAAUGCUACGCACAGGUGUUGUAUCUACCUGGACAGAACAGAUACACCAGAGCUAACCUGGCAUCAAAGAAAGACCGUAUUGAAAGCUUGGAGAAAAAACUAGACGUGAACCGCGGUCACAUGACAGCAGAGGCCAAGAGAGCGGCUAAAUUGGAAAAGAAACUCAAAAUCCUGCUGGGAGGGUUUCAGUCCAGAGCACUGGGGCUCCUGAAGCAGCACAAUGAACUCUGGGAACAGGUGGAGCAGGCGGCCACCGAACUCCAGACCUUCACUCAGCUGAAGAAACAGGAAGACACGGCCAUUCCCAGGAGACAAGCAGCUUUGCGGGAGGACGUGGAGAGGCAGACGGAGCGAGAGCGAGAACUCCAGCAGAGGUACGGUGAGCUGCUGAUGGAGCGAGAGCUGCUGAUCAAUACUGUCCAAAAAUACUGAGCAACAGUCAAACAUUCGCUCCCAAAAACAAAUGAGUUUUGUCACCGUGUCAUUUUCAGUUUCCGCUGUAAUUUCUAGCCCCUGCUAUGAUGUCAAUCUGAGUUUGGAACAUUCUCAGUAAUCACUUGUUUUUCUGUAUUAGUGACCAAUAAAGUUUCUUUUGAUCAAUGA